ACAGGUCAGGGCCAGGGUCAGGGACGCGGACAAGGCCAGGGACAAGGUCAGGGAAGUGGCCAGGGACAAGGUCAGGGAAGUGGACAGGGACAAGGUCAGGGAAGUGGACAGGGACAAGGACAGGGUCAGGGAAGUGGACAGGGUCAGGGAAGCGGCCAGGGACAAGGUCAGGGUCAUGGAAGCGGCCAGGGACAAGGUCAGGGAAGUGGACAGGGACAAGGACAGGGUCAGGGAAGCGGUCAGGGGCAAGGUCAGGGACAGGGUCAUGGAAGCGGCCAGGGACAGGGAAGCGGACAGGGUCAUGGAAGCGGCCAGGGACAAGGUCAGGGUCAUGGAAGCGGACAGGGCCAGGGACAAGGACAGGGUCAUGGAAGCGGACAGGGUCAUGGAAGCGGACAGGGUCAGGGAAGCGGACAGGGCCAGGGACAAGGUCAGGGUCAUGGAAGCGGCCAGGGACAAGGACAGGGUCAUGGAAGAGGACAGGGUCAUGGAAGCGGACAGGGGCAAGGUCAGGGACAGGGUCAUGGAAGCGGCCAGGGGCAAGGCCAGGGACAGGGAAGCGGACAGGGCCAGGGUCAUGGAAGUGGACAGGGUCAGGGAAGCGGACAGGGCCAGGGACAAGGUCAGGGACAGGGUCAUGGAAGCGGCAAGGGGCAAGGACAGGGAAGCGGACAGGGUCAGGGAAGCGGCCAGGGACAAGGUCAGGGUCAUGGAAGUGGCCAGGGACAAGGUCAGGGAAGUGGACAGGGUCAGGGAAGCGGUCAAGGACAGGGUCAGGGAAGUGGACAAGGUCAGGGCCAGGGUCAUGGAAGCGGUCAGGGAAGCGGUCAAGGCCAGGGACAGGGCCAUGGUCAGGGAAGUGGACAGGGCCAGGGGACUGGUCAGGGAUGUGGUCAAGGAAGCAGUCAGGGAAAAUGUCAGAGAUGUGGUCAUUGAAAUGGUCAUGGGAUUUUUGCUUAACACUUACUGGAGAUCUAUUCUGUUCAGUGCUUUAUUCAUAUGGCAUGUUUCCUGUUUGCUCAAACAGAUUAGAUUUUCAUCUCUCUCCACCUCAAAUAAAAAGAAUUGCUUGAUUUUGAAGA